AGCGCCGUUCCUGUGGGAGGGUCCGGAGGCUGUGCCCGCCCGGCCAGGUGUGCAGGGAAUGCCAGCCCUGCGUCACGGGCACCCCCUCCUCCCUCCGGCCGGGAUAAAACUUCUCCUCACCUGGGAUCCGAGCUCAUUUACCCUGGCAGCCCCUCGGGAGGGCGAGGCGGCAGCGAGAACAAAGCGGAUUUUUGGCUGAGGGGCCGCAGGGAGUUAUGAGGGAUCGCGGGCGGGCUGCGCUCCCCGCCGCACCGGGACCUGACGUUUAACCGGAAAGAGAAAGGGGACACAAAAUAGAGAGGAGGGAGAAAGGGAAUUAAAAAAAAAAAUUAAAAAAAAAAAAAAAGGAAAGAAAAGCCCAAAGCUGGAAAUAGAGCGGCAGCAGCGGAGCAGCGCGUUCCCCCUCUGCCUUCGGAAGAGUUUCUUGGCUCGGUGUGCGGUGCUGUUAUUCGGGCUGCGGCAGAGAUUUGGACUCUGAGUCAGACCCGGCGCUAAUGAGGAGGAAGAGGAUGAAUGUGCUGCCCUGGGCGUGUGCCAGGCUGCUCCUCCUGUCCCUGCUCUGCACCACCAGCGUCUGCCAAUGGAGCAAAAACAACCGCUGUGUGCUGUCCCGGGCCAAGAGCUGCACCGAGUGCAUCCGCGUGGACAAGGACUGCUCCUUCUGCACCGACGAGAGCUUCGAGGAGCCGCGCUGUGACCUGCGGGAGAACCUGCUGCGCUCGGGCUGCGGCGAGGCCAGCAUCGUGUACACCCAGGGGGAGAUGAGGACACUGAAGAAUUCCAGCAUCAACAUGUCCCUGCAGAGGACCCAGGUGUCCCCCCAGGCCAUGUACAUGCGGCUGCGCGCUGGCGAGGAGAUGAGCUUCUACAUGGACGUCUUCCAGCCCAAGGAGAGCCCUGUGGAUCUCUACAUCCUCAUGGACUUCUCCUACUCCAUGUCUGAUGAUCUGGACAACCUCAAAAGCAUGGGGCAUAACCUAGCGGACUUCCUGCAAGCCCUGACUUCCAAUUACACCAUUGGAUUUGGCAAGUUUGUGGACAAAGUCUCAUCCCCUCAGACAGACAUGAGACCUGAAAAGCUGCGUGAGCCCUGGCACAACGCCGACUCGCCGUUCUCCUUCAAGAACGUCAUCCGCCUGACCAGCAACAUCAACCACUUCAGCCAGGAGCUGAGCAAGGAGCGCAUCUCGGGCAACCUGGACGCCCCUGAGGGCGGCUUCGACGCCAUCCUGCAGACAGCUGUGUGCAAGGAUAAGAUUGGCUGGAGAAAGGACAGCACUCACCUGCUCGUGUUCUCCACCGAGUCUGCCUUUCACUAUGAAGCUGAUGGUACCAACGUCCUGGCAGGGAUCCUGGCGAGGAACGACGAGCAGUGCCACCUGGACAGCCAUGGCACCUACGUGUACGACACCAAGCAGGACUACCCCUCAGUGCCCACCCUUGUGCGCCUCCUGGGCCAGCACAACAUCAUCCCCAUCUUCGCCGUCACCAACCACUCCUACAGCUACUACGAGAAGCUGCACAAGUAUUUCCCCAUCUCUGAGAUCGGGGUGCUCCAGGAAGACUCUUCCAACAUCGUGGAGUUGCUCCGCACAGCCUUUGAGCGCAUCCGCUCCAAGAUGGACAUCCGGGCUGACUUCACUCCCAGAGCCCUGAAGACAGAGUUCACCUCCCCAGAAUUUGAAAAGACAGAAUCUGGCUCCUUCCACAUCACCCGUGGAAAAGUGAGCAAGUUCCAGAUGCACGUGAAGGCUCUGGAGUACGUUGGCGGGCAGCACGUGUGCAGCCUCCCCGAGAGGGACCGGCACGGAGUCAUCCACGUGAAGCCCACGUCCCUGAGCGACAGCCUGACCGUGUCCACUGCCGUGGUCUGCGACGUGUGUCCCUGUGAACAGCAACAAGAGUUGGACUCGCCCAAGUGCAGCUUCCACGGGAACUUCGUGUGCGGACAGUGCAUCUGCCACCCGGGCUGGGCAUCUGCAAUAACCACGGCAGGUGUGAGUGUGGCAGGUGCAUCUGUGACAUGGCUUCGCUGUACACCAGCUCCACCUGUGAAAUCAGCUACUCCCUGGGCUUCCAGGCCGUGUGUGAGAGCAUCCGGGACUGUGUGCGCUGCCAGACCUGGGGGACAGGCAACCUGAAAGGGAACUGCAGCUCCUGCCACCUGCAGAUCCAGAUGGUGGAGGAGCUGGAGAAAGAGGAGGCUGGUGAGCACUGCUCCUUCCAGGAUGAGGAUGAUGACUGCACCUACCACUACACGCUGGAGGGAGACCCCAGUGUCCUCCCCAACACCACUGUCCAUGUGCAGAAGAAUAAAGAGUGUCCCCCUGGGAGCUUCCUCUGGCUCAUCCCUCUGCUCAUCUUCCUCAUCCUGCUCCUGGGGCUGCUACUCCUGCUCUGCUGGAAGUUCUGUGCCUGCUGCAAGGCUUGCCUGGCCCUGCUUCCCUGCUGUGCACGAGGUCGCACGGUUGGCUUCAAGGAGGAUCACUACAUGCUGCGGCACAGCCUCAUGUCCUCCGAGCACCUGGACACGCCCCUGGUGCGCAGCGGCUCCCUCAAGGGCCGGGACACGGUGCGCUGGAGGAUCCACAACAACGUCCACAGGCAGGGCAUCGCCUCCCCUGCUGCUGCCAGCCCCAAGGAGCUCGUUCCCUACGGGCUGUCCCUGAGGCUGGCCCGGCUCUUCACGCAGAACCUGAUGAAACAGGACACGCGGGAGUUCGAGCAGCUGCGCAAGGAAGUGGAGGAGAACCUGAACGAGGUUUUCAAGCACAUUCCUGGCUGCCACAAGGUCCAGCAGACCAAGUUCAGGUUACAGCCUAAUUCUGGGAAAAGGCAGGAUCACACCAUUGUGGACACCGUGCUCACUGCCCCUUACUCAGCCAAGGCAGACAUCAUCAAAGCUGUGGAAAAACACGUUUCCCAUGAGGCCUUCAAUGACCUGAAGGUUGCACCGGGUUAUUACACUGUGACCUCAGACCAAGAUGCUCAGGGAAUGGUGGAGUUCCAAGAGGGCGUGGAGCUGGUGGAUGUCCGUGUGCCCCUCUUCAUCAGGGAUGAUGAUGAUGAUGAGAAGCAGCUGCAGGUGGAGGCCAUCGAGGUCCCCAACGGCAUCGCAAAGAUUGGGCGCAGGGUUGUCAACAUCACCAUCAUCAAGGAGCAAGCCAGCAGCCUCAUCACGUUCCUGCAGCCAGCCUAUUCCCACAGCCGCUUUGACAAGCUGGCCAAGAUCCCUGUCCUCAGGGAGAUCAUUGACAACGGGAAAUCCCAGGUCACCUACAGGACCCGGGAUCUCACCGCCAAGAAUGGCAGGGACUACCUCUUCACGGAGGGUGAGCUGGUCUUCCAGCCUGGGGAGACCCGAAAGGAGGUGCAGGUGCCCUUGCUGGAGCUGACAGAGAUAGACACCCUCCUCAACAACUGCCAGCUCAAGCAAUUUGCAGUCGACCUCCUGCACCCCAAGUAUGGCGCCAAGAUCGGCCGCUACCCCCAGACCACGGUGACCAUCGCUGACCCAGAGCUGGUGGAUGGUGUCCCCCCGAUGACAGGCCUGGCCCAGGUCCCCCAGUCCCCCAAAGGCCGCCUGGGUGCACCGCUGAAUCCCGAUGCCCGUGCCCUCAGCUCCAGGGAAAUCAGCUUCAACUGGUUUCCUCCACCAGGAAAACCCCUGGGCUACAAGGUGAAAUACUGGAUGCAGGGAGACCCCGAGUCAGAAGCCCAUCUCAUUGAUGUCAAAACCCCAUCAGCAGAGCUCACCAACCUUUACCCCUUCUCCGACUAUGAGAUGCAAGUCUGUGCCUACAACGCCGUGGGAGAAGGGACUUACUCGGACAUCAUCCGCUGCCGCACGCUGGAGGAGGUUCCCAGCGAGCCCGGGCGCUUGGCUUUCAACGUCGUGUCUUCCACCGUGACCCAGCUGAGCUGGGGUGAGCCCGCAGAGACCAAUGGGGUGAUCACAGCCUAUGAAGUCAGCUAUGGCCUGGUCAAUGAGGACAAUGUGCCCAUUGGGCCCCUGAAGAAGGUGCUGGUGGAAGAGCCCAAGAAGCGCGUGGUGCUGAUCGAGAACCUGCGCGAGUCGCAGCCCUACCGCUACAUGGUGAAGGCCAGGAACGGCGCGGGCUGGGGGCCCCAGAGAGAAGCCACCAUCAACCUCGCCACGCAGCCCAAGAGACCCAUGUCCAUCCCCAUCAUCCCUGAUGUCCCCAUCAUUGAUGCAGAAGGAGGUGAGGACUAUGACAGCUACCUGAUGUACAGCGCAGACGUGCUCCGCUCUCCAGCCGGCAGCAAGAGGCCCAGUGUCUCUGAUGAUUCAGGCUCCAGGUGGAAAUUUGUGCCGUUGCUGGGGGAAGACCUGGACCUCCGCCGCAUCACCUGGAGUGGCUGCUGGCACUGCGAGGAGGAGCGCCACGCCCCGGCCCCAAGCAGAGCACUUGAUGAAUGGCCGGGUGGACUUCUCCUUCCCCGGCAGUGCCAGUGGCACCCUGACCAGGACAGCCAACACCAGCUACCACCAGCUGAGCUCCCACGUGCACCAGGAGCACAGGGUGAUGGGCAGCUCCUCGCUGACCAGAGACUACUCCACAAUGCUGAUGGGGCACGAUUACCCAGGGACACUCCUCCCUCCCAUCCGUGAAGAUGCUGGGAGGACACUCCGGCCCCGGGACGUGGGUUUCAGGAGCAGGGCAAAGGUGAAGGGUUACUACCCCAGCAUUGGCUGUCGGGACUCUAUAAUCAUGACUGAUGGGUCCACAGGGAUGUGCAAGUUCAUAGACUCCAGGAAGCCCCUGGGCAUCCCUGACACCCCCACCCGCCUGGUGUUCUCUGCCCUGGGCCCCACGUCGCUCAAGGUGAGCUGGCAGGAGCCGCGCUGCGACAAGGAGGUGCAGGGCUACAGCGUGCAGUACCAGCUCCUCAGCGGAGGAGACGUGCACAGGAUCAGCAUCCCCAACCCCAGCCAGAACUCGGUGGUGGUGGAGGACCUGCUGCCCAACCACUCCUACAUCUUCAAGGUGAAGGCGCAGAGCGAGGAGGGCUGGGGCCCCGAGAGGGAGGGAGUCAUCACCAUCGAGUCCCAGGUGGACCCGCAGAGCCCGCUCAGCCCCGUGCCAGGUACCCCCUUCACCCUGAGCACCCCCUGUGCCCCUGGACCCCUGGUUUUCACUGCCCUCAGCCCGGAUUCUCUGCACCUCAGCUGGGAGAGGCCCCGCGAGCCCAACGGGCCCAUCCUGGGCUACAGGAUCACCUGUGAGAUGCUGCAUGGAGGAGGGGAGCCCAGGACAAUCUAUGUCGAAGGAGACAACCUGGAAACCACCCUGACUGUGCCCCACCUGAGUGAGAAUGUCCCAUACAAGUUCAAAGUGCAAGCCAACACCACCCAAGGCUUCGGGCCUGAGAGAGAAGGCCUCAUCACCAUCGAAUCUCAGGACAGAGGUGCUUUCUCCCAGUUUGGAGGACAGCAGUACAUGAGAGAAGUUUACAAAUUCCCCACUGACUACACCACCAAAACCAGCAUCAGCCAUUCCUCUCUGGAUCCCCACUUCACAGACGGGAUGCUGGUGACCACGCAGCACGUGGAGAGCUCCAGCAGCACCGUGACCCAGGAGUUUGUGAGCCACACGGUGCUGGCCAGCGGGACCCUGAGCCAGCAGCUGGAGAGGCAGUUCUACGAGGCCUGAGCCAGGGCAGGCCCAGCACCAGCAGCACUUCUGGGAUCAGUGCCAGGAUUUAUGGAACAACCCAAAGGGGCUUCACCCAGGGGGUGCCUGGGCAGCUCCUCCUGUGGGCACAGACCCUCUGAGGCACUCCAAGCACUUCUCCUCUGGAGCCCAGCACACUCAGAGCUCUGGCACAGCUGGGUGUGCAAGCUCAUCUUCCAGGGCAGAAACUGGGGUGUCUCCAUGGCUUCACCCUCCCCAGGUAAAUGGAACGGAAUGAUUUUAUUGUCAGGUCCAUGGUUUUGAGAGGAUCUCAUGUGUCAAAACCAUGAUUUGUAGAGGGUCACCAUUUCCAUUUUUGCUCCAGGCUCUCUGGUGACUCACCUGUCCACUGGAGUUGUUUUGUUCAGUAUGGGGGUUUUUAUGAGACUGCAAGGUAGGGUUUUGGGGUAACCUGUGCUUUCUUAUUGCACCUAUUUGUGUCUGUCCUUUGCUGCUGACAUUUGGUACCACAAGAGCAAAGACUAACCUUUCAUUUGUGUUGCAUUACUUCAAGGCCUCAGAUGCUUUUUUUUUUUUUUUUUGCAUACAACACUGUACAGUUUUCAUAGUAUAUAUAUAUAAAUAUAUAUAAAUGUAUUUUAUUAUUUUAUAAAAAAAAAUGGAGGUGGAUGAGAUCUAUGCUGAAUGUGGAAGCUACACUGGAACUGUGGCUGCUGGGAAACAUGAAUAACAGGAAGAAAUGAGCCAAGGGCUUGAUCCAAAGGCCACUUUAACCCUGUGAUGAGGCUGGUGGGCUCUGCCUUGGACCCUUCAGCCCCAGAGGCUCCAGCAGGAGGCAUCAAGGGCCCAGAUCCACCCACUGCAGAACAUCUCCCAGCUGGAGCACUUGGGCACAGAAGGGCUGGGAGUUUCCCAGAGGUGAGGGAUGGGAACUGUGCUGGGAUUCCUCACACAGCUGAUGUGGACAGAGUGAGAUUUCAGGGCAGAAGAUGUUGGGUACCUUUUAAAAGACUUUUUGCCCAGCAGCAAGAUCCAUAAAGGGACCUGUGCUCCAUCAGUAAACACAAAGGAAGAGCAGGCCUGGAACAACAGGCACUCCCACUGUCCUGAACAAGUCUGAGACUCCUUUCUUCAGCCUCAGCUCCCCUCACACAGGGCUGAGCUGAGCUGAGACCCUGCUGGCUUUGAUGUCCCAGUGCUGGGCAGGAUCCCUGGAGGCUCCCUGCCCUCUGCCAGGGACAACAAGCAGUGCAGCUUUUCCUGCAGUGUUCCAGCUGCAUGGGAGCAGGUGAGGAGCCUGCCUGGAGCAGCAGCUGCCACUCUCUGGCUUAGAGCUUCCAGCCAAGGCAGCAGCUGCCUGGGCCCCUGGCAGCAUCACCAGCCUGCUUUGAUCUCACAAUGAACCUUGGCUUUUUUGGUGGUUUUCUCUUUCUAUUUCCUUUUUUCUUUUGGACUCUGAAGAAGAGCUCACCACCAACAGCUCCUUCUCCUCUUCAGGCUUUUUAUUUUACUGGGGGAAGGGCUGAACACCUUUCAGCCAAAGAUGGAUGUGGGUGAAUCAAGUCCACAGGAAUCUCCAUGACUGCAGGUGGGGCUGGGUCAGUUUUGAACUUGGCUCAGCUUCACCAACCUGAGGUUUUACUGUGCCUUCAAGAAGCAUCAUUUCUCCUGAGCAAGUGCCAGGGGCAUGAGGCUGCCUCCCUCCCUGCUCCCUUCGUGCCUGGGGUUGGGAUUUUGUCUCCUCCUGCUCAAGGACUCUGUGACCCUUUGGGAUUUGCGCCCCAGGGUCAGACACUGAGAACUGCCUAAACAGGGACUUUCCCAAGCAUUUUAACCAAAGAUGAUCCUGUUCUCCAAGAGCAGAGCCUGGCCCAUCAGCUGCUCUCCAGGGGAUCAGGCCUUCCCCAUGCACAUGCACUAACCCAGGCCUGUCUUUUUUAAUUUAUCUGCUUGUUGGAAUUGGUGCUGUUUCAGCCUUUCCAAGAUGGAUCCAGAGCAGGUCUUUGAUCAGAUGGCUUCCUCUUGCACUCAAUAAAUAUUUUCUCUAUA